UUGCAGGCCAGAGGAACACCGUUUGAGGAUGGCACAUUUAAACUUACAGUGGAGUUCACGGAAGAGUAUCCAAACAAACCACCCACAGUCAGAUUCGUCUCCAAGAUGUUUCAUCCAAAUGUGUAUGCUGGUGGCAGUAUAUGUCUCGAUAUUCUUCAGAAUCGCUGGAGUCCAACCUAUGAUGUAUCAUCAAUUCUCACCUCUAUCCAGUCUUUGCUGGACGAACCAAAUCCCAACAGUCCGGCAAACAGCCAAGCGGCACAGCUGUACCAGGAAAACAAACGGGAGUACGAGAAGAGAGUCUCAGCCAUCGUCGAGCAGAGCUGGAGGGACCGCUGACCCCUCCCGGAACGACAUCUCACCUCCCAAAGAACGUUCUUGAACGUUGUGUGGUUUAGCAUAGCUGAGUGAUUGGUGAAGCAUUUCUUACUUUCCUUUCUCUCCAUUGUUUUUGAGAAAUCAUGUGCACUUUAAUGGUUUGUUCUACCAAGGGGGGUAUCUUGCAGGUUCUUCUGUCACCCCUCGUUUACGUCAUCAGUUUACUCUCCCACUAACCUAUCAAUCAAGUUGGACUGGUCCGAGAUGUGGGUCGGGACUCAAUGACAGUGACCACAUUUACAUGCGCACAGUAUUCCGGAUAGUAGCUUAUAUCCUGCUUAAGGUCUUAUUCGGGAUAAGCUGUUUACAUGUACCUUUGAUAUCCCACUCACGACUAUCCCUGUAACCAUGAAUAAACAGAACAUUCCUAAUUUAAGUUCAUAUGCGUUAAAUGGAAUAGUAACAGAAAUCUGGACACUGACUGUAGGCCUAUAACCUCUCAAAUGUAGCCUAAUAUAAUAUUAACUCCUGCAGAACUAUGCGUUUCUUGCAGUAAAAUGAACAAAUGUUCAUUUUGUCUCAGGAAGUGGAGACAAUAUGAUUUCUUUCUUUCAGCAUCUCUUAAGAAAAUGCGAAUGUGAGUGUAACAUGUUAUCUUUGACACUGUUAUGCAUGCAGACAGUAUUUAAACCACAUGCAAUAUGCACCCAAGAUUAAUUGAAGUCUUACCAGAAACGUGUUUCAU